GCGGCGGUGGCGGGUGCGGAGCGCGGCGGGGCGGGCGGCCCAUGGGGCCGGGCCGCGCUGCGGAUGGAGCCGCUCCGCAACGGCGGCGGCGCGGGGGAGAAGCAGCAGCAGCAGCAGCAGCAGCGGCGGUGGGCGGGGGGGGCGGCGGCGGCGACGGCGGAGGCCGGACCCGCAAGGCGGCGGAGCAGCGGCGCGGCGGGCGCGAACAGCGCGGCGGGCCCGCAGCCCCGUGAGCGGGGCGGGUCGGUCAGUCGGCAGCGCCGGGACUCGGUCCGCAAGAACCGCCCGCUCUUCCCUUGGUUUGGCUUGGAUAUCGGGGGGACCUUGGUCAAGCUGGUGUACUUCGAACCAAAGGACAUCACGGCCGAAGAGGAGGAGGAGGAGGUGGAAAACCUGAAAAGCAUCCGCAAAUACCUGACGUCAAACGUAGCCUACGGGUCUACGGGCAUUCGGGAUGUGCACCUGGAGCUGAAGGACCUUACCCUGUGUGGACGUAAAGGCAAUCUGCACUUUAUCCGCUUCCCUACCCAUGACAUGCCUGCUUUUAUCCAAAUGGGAAGCGAAAAGCACUUCUCGAGCCUCCAUACUACCUUAUGUGCCACGGGAGGUGGAGCGUACAAAUUUGAGCAGGACUUUCUCACAAUGGGUGACCUUCAGCUUUGUAAGCUGGAUGAACUCGAUUGCCUUAUUAAAGGAGUUCUGUACAUUGAUUCAGUUGGAUUCAAUGGACAUUCAGAGUGCUACUAUUUUGAAAACCCAACGGAUGCUGAAAGAUGUCAGAAGCUCCCAUUCAAUUUGGAGAAUCCAUAUCCUCUCCUCUUGGUGAACAUUGGCUCAGGGGUCAGCAUUUUGGCUGUGUAUUCAAAAGAAAACUAUAAACGGGUAACAGGCACCAGCCUCGGAGGGGGAACCUUUUUUGGUCUCUGCUGCCUUCUUACUGGUUGCUCCACCUUUGAAGAGGCCCUAGAGAUGGCAUCCCAUGGAGACAGCACCAAAGUGGACAAACUAGUGCGGGACAUUUACGGAGGAGACUACGAGCGAUUCGGAUUGCCGGGCUGGGCUGUAGCAUCCAGCUUUGGAAACAUGAUGAGCAAAGAGAAGAGGGAAUCUGUCAGCAAAGAGGACCUGGCAAAGGCUACUUUAAUAACCAUCACUAACAACAUUGGCUCCAUAGCACGGAUGUGUGCACUUAAUGAGAACAUCAAUCGAGUGGUGUUUGUUGGCAAUUUCCUUCGGAUCAACACAAUCUCCAUGAGGCUUCUGGCAUAUGCUUUGGACUACUGGUCAAAGGGACAGUUAAAAGCACUUUUCUUGGAACAUGAGGGUUACUUUGGUGCAGUUGGGGCUCUCCUGGAACUCCUGGAUUCCCCCUGACUCUGGGCAGAUUUCUGGAUGUUGGACCUAUGAAGUCAGGGAGCUUCCCGGGUCACUGAGCUCAAGUUUCACUUCAGAGCAUCUGUUCAUGGACUGUUAACUAAUUGUGGAUGACCUAAUGAGCAGAGGAGAGGACUGUUGCAUUUCUGUCUGUAGAGUUGAAACCCAUCCUCAGUCUCCAGGCAGGUCUGUUCCAUAGGAGUAGUAUGGAAACCAAAGGUGUGUCUGCAACAGCUGUGGGACGUUCAGUUGCUGGCAUCAAAUAGCCCUUCUUAUGUAGUCUUUAUGGUGGUGACACCACAGGAGAUGUGCACUCUGUUCCCUCCAACAAGAUUCCUUGGGGUGCUGAAGGUCCCUCCCCGUUCACAGCAGGUGGAGUUCAGCUGCAGUGCUUUAUGUUCUGCAGGUGACAGGUGUUGUGUUGGGAAUUGUCUGUGGAGGGGGGACAGGACAACAGCACAGCCCUGCUGUGGAGCACCCUCCAGACCACUCCUCUCCCUGGGGACCCCUCCAGUGGCCUGUCACACACUCCUGUGUUCUCAGCAAGGCUUUGUUCCUGUUAGCACAGUUCCUUGUCUCUGUUAGAGAGGUGAUGAGGGACAGCAGAUCUGAGCCUUGGGGUCCCUCAGCCUGCUCAGCUCCGUUCCCAUCUCGGCCCCUCACAGCCACCUCCUGGUGCCCUGGCUCUGCCAGCCUCUGGCCUGCAGAUCUGCUGAAGGCAAAUUGGAAGUUGAAAUGGUGGGGCUUUGCUUUGUUUGGUUUGUUGGGGUUUAUUUCUCUGUGUUGUGAAUCUUUGACUGCAUCUGACUACACCAAAGAUACUGCUUUUCCUUUCAGCCACACGCCCGGGAUCUGCUCUGUCAUGUUCCAUUUUGUGUUUAGUAACAGUAGUUUAUGGGGGAAGCCUCUCGUUCCCACGUGCAUGCUGCACCCUCCUCUGCUUUCUCCAUGCCUGUGGUCCUGCAUGCAGCCCCCAGACUGGGUUGCUGCAGCUGGGGCCCCUGAAGCUCUGAGGCUGUGGGUUUGGGAAUGGUUUGGCUGGUCCCUGAAUAAAGGGUCUCUCAGAGCAGCCGAGGGGUUGCUCGGGGACAGUUCAAGCAAGACGAGCAGCCUGUGUAUGGUUUGUGACCCUACCUGCCUCCCGUGACUCUGCUUUCCCUGCUCUGCCCAGAAAUCCAGCCCAGAAAUCCCUCUUCCCAGGCUCAGACCUUGUGCUGGGUGUUGGGGAGCAGGCAGUGGGUGUUCCCCGUGCCCUGCUUCCCACAGCCGUUACUUCAGGCUCGUUACAGGAUGGGGUGGCUGCCAUCCCAGCUCCCACACAGCUCCUCAGCUCCAGGUUUCUGUUCAGAUCAGCUGGUUUCCAGCUCUCUGAGCAGGAUGCAGAUGUGCUGGUGGAUCCCCAUGCCCCACAGCCUGUGUCCCAUGCGGAGUGGCCACAGCAGCAGCACAGCAAACUGUGGCCAAGCUCUGCUCGCUGCUGCAGCCCCAGAUCCAGGCUCUCCAAGGCUGAUUUCUUCCCUUUUCAGCUCCAAAAGAGAGGCAAUGGUGAAUUCAGAAGAUGUGCUUCUUGCUAGAUCAGAGCCUUUGUGAUAUUUCCCUUGCAUCCCUUCCUGUCAGCUCGGCUGGGUGAGCUGCAGGCACUGCAUAAAGCCAAGGCACACCCUAAACUUCAGGUGACUGUGGGCCUGGAACUUCCUAAAUGCAUCCCAUUAUUUGACAACAACAAUAAUCAGAAAGAGUAGUGUUGAUGUGAAAGGUGACCUUUCCUGUGUGCUGUCUGCAGGUGCUUUUCCUGCAGAACAGCACAGCUCUCAGUUGUAUCCUGCUCUGCUUCCACUGGAACAUGGCACUUCAGAGGUCUGGGGUUUCAGCGGGAUGAGACGGUCACUGGGGUUUGGGUGGGAAAGGACCUUCCAAGGUUGCCUAGUCCAACCCCCUGCCAUGGGCAGGGACAUCUUAAACUAGACCUGUCGGACCUGGCCUCAAACACUUCAGGGAUGGGGCAGCCACAGUGUCCCUGGGCAUCCUGGGCCAGUGUCCCACAACCUUCACAGCAAAGAAUUUCUUCCUCGUAUUUCAUCUAAAUCUCCUUUCUUUCAGGUUAAAACUAUUCCCCCUCAUCCUCUCCCUCCCUGCCCUUGUCCCAGGCCCCUCCCCAGCUUUUCUGGAGCCCCUUCAGGCACUGGAAGGUGCUCUAAGGUCUCCCUGGAGCCUUCUCUUCUCCAGGCUGAACACCCCAACUCUCCCAGCCUGUCUCCAGAGCAGAGCUGCUCCAGCCCUUGGAUCAUCUCUGUGGCCUCCUCUGGACUUUCUCCAGGAGCUUCAAGUCCUGCUCCAGUCUUUGGUAUCAUACUUGAGUGCUGCUGUGCCCUGAUCAGGUUUAUUUAGUCCCAGGGCUUCUAUACAGGUGUGGGGAGGUGUAGAAGCCUCCCCUGGCUCCUUGCAGUGCACACAGGAAGGGUGAUUUGUUACUAAUGCAGUUGCCCUUUGGGAGCUGAAGGCCAAAGGAAGGAGGAAUCCCACCUGGAAAUGGUUUUGACAGGCAGAGGGAAGCUGUGGUGAGCUGAGGAACCUCUUCAGGGCUGAGGAACCCUUGCAGCUCCCCUGCAGCCUGGUCUGCACCAAUCCCUGCCCUCAGGCACUGGGGUGGGUGCCAGGCUGCCAUCCCUGGGAGCACAAUCCCAUGGGAUUCCCACACUCUUGCACACUUGUGUCUGUGACUCCUUUUCUCUGUGGGUUUUGAGUAGAUCCCGUGUGGUCUGAUGCCCAACACCAAACUCCCUGGUGUAUUAUUGGCCUGCUUUGUUUUUCUGUUUGUUUGUUUUAUUGUUUUUCUUCUCAUAAUAAAAUUCUACAGUUAUUUUUA